AUGGCAGGCAGCGGCGCAGUAACCAUCUCCGAUGUUCUGGGCAGAGAACGCAACAUCAACAUCUUUGCUGGCUUCACUCGUGAUAUCGAAUCCGUGUCGAGACGCCUCGAGGCUGGCUCACACAACACCACUUUGCUCGCGCCGCUCAACUCGGCCAUCACGAAACUCCCCAGAAAGCCAUGGGAGGAUCCACAAGAUUAUGCUGCCUUGGGCCAGAAUGCAUACGACGGUCAGAGUGGCGAGGACAGAGCGCACAGGAACCUGAGACGUUUCGUCGAGGCCCAUGUGGUACCAGAGUCGCCCUGGGCUGAGGGCCAGAAGGUGCAAACGCUAGGAGGAGAUACCGUCUGGUGGGAGGAGAAGGACGGCAAGAAACUGGCAAGCCUCACCUCGCCUUCCAUCCAGCCUGGCAACAUCGAGGUUUCAAGUAUCCCCAACAAGGUCGCCAACGGAGAAGUCUGGGUCCUAGAAGGCGCUCGUAACUAUGCUUAG